AUGAUGAUUGCUGUGCCGCCUAUCUCGCAGGAAAAACGCUCUCAGUCUCCUCUGAUUCCCCAGCGACGCGCCAUGGCCCAAACUUACUACCUGGACUCACCCGAUAUUGCCAUGUUCAAAAAUACCCUUCACCAUUACUCCCAACGAGAUUGUCCCAGUCCGAUCACUUCCUCUGCCCCGUCCUCGAUCCCUCCCUCACCCCACUUCGCACCGACAACCGAGGAGCAGCUACCUCCUACUCCAGCAACACUCAGCAGUUUGUCUCUCUGUGUGAGCAAUGAUAGCGACGACGAGAUCAUCCUACCUUCAUAUGAUUUGAGCGACUUUAACGAAUUGGACGAGCCUGUAUCAGCUAUCGCUUCGGACCAGGCCUCCGAGUCACUUCUCACGGACCCCCCUCGCUUGCAUGUACAUACACCGGCCGCUGAUGAUACUUCGGUUGAAGAGGAGCCGUCCAAGCAUGUCGAUUAUCUCUCCCAUGAAUGGAAAGAGGAAGAUAUUUGGGCUUCUUGGAAAUAUGUCGUUUGCCGCAGAGACAUUUACAGCAAUGGCUCGAGGUUAGAGAAUGCCUCUUGGCGGACUUGGGCAAAAUUGAAGAAUAAUUUGGGAACGGUGUCGCCCGAGACCCUCAAUUGGUUGAAAGAUUGCGAUGUAACAUGGCUGUAUGGUCCGUUGAAGUCGUGCAACAAAUUUACAAAAGCGUUGCCGAGUAUCUCACCGCCGCCGAGCUGCCUCGAAACCCCCUCUUUGUAUGCGGACAGGAAGCCGAUUUUGAAGAAAAGGACGGCGUCAGAGACUAUCUUGCAACGCUCGCUGUCUCAGCACACCCUCCUGCAACACGCAGGCGCUAUCUUAAAGGCGCAAGAGGCUGGUUCUCAUCGGACCCGGCCUUCUGUCUCAGGGCCCGAACUUGAACCUCGCCUGAAUACGUCGUCGGCCAACCUUCCAUAUGUUUCGCUCAGCUAUGCCUCUACUAAACAGUCGUCUGGGGUCGCCUCGCCUAGCGGGAGGCGCCGUAUCCACUUCAAUAACGAAGUAGUGCAAUGUAUAGCUAUCGACGCCAAGGGUGCCGACGACGAGGAGGAGGAGUGGCCAGUAGCUUCAGAAGACGAUGUCUCGUCGGACGAUGGUAUCGUCAUGAUGAGACAGUUUCCGCCUCAAGAGUCUGGGAGCCAUAAAAGUACGCCGCGUGGCAGCUUCAGCAGCGAAAACAAAAUAAUCGCUCCGCUCCCUCCGACUACCCUUAAGUGUCGAGGGGACACACCAGAACCGCCAUCAAGCUCGAUGAUAGGCCGAUGGACAGGAUACUUUUCGAAAUCGACUGUCACAUCUACACCUUCCAUUCCUUCUGAUCCGGCAUUCAGCUUCUUUUUGGACGGUGAGGAUGACCAUCUGGAUUUCUGCUGGCAGCCGAGCCAAAGCCAAGGCGUCAAAGACGGGAAUCGGCCUUGGUUUGUGAACCCUGAAGAUGAAGAAGAGGUUGACCGACAUCGGCAUUCGAACUUCAGUACGAGCAACUCUUUGGAUGAAGGAGACCCUUCGAAUGCCAGCAUAUUUGAUAGGGUUGUUGAUACUGUCAACACAGCCAGAGACAUUGCUCAUGUGAUAUGGAACGUUGGGUGGCGAAGGUGA